GAUGGAAAGUGGAAUUAAAAUCGUUUUUAUGUAAAAAUCGCUCGAUGUUGCGGCAAUUAAGAUGCCGUGGUACUUUCCCUGGUCUGAUUCAAUCAAAAAAAGGGCUUGUAGAUACGUCUUGCAGCACUAUCUUGGACAAUUCUUACAAGAGCAACUAACAUUAGAUCAACUCACUGUCGAUCUUUUCAAAGGAGAAGGCAUUUUAAAAGACGUCGCUUUGGAUGUUUUGGCUUUGAAUGAUUUACUUGAAGGGGCAAAUGCACCAGUUCAAAUUCUUGAUGGCUUUAUCAACACCAUUUCUGUAUCAGUCCCAUGGAGCUCACUCAUGCAAAAGAAUUGUGAAGUUACUGUCAAGGGUCUUGAGCUUGUUGUGAGUUUGAAAAAAAAUGUUGAUGUUGGUGGUAGUAUCAUAUCUGAAUCAUUGCUGUUCAGUUCCAUGACAACAAGCUUACAAAUUGCACAGGAAUGUCUAAAAGAUGACGAACCAAAUAAUGAAGAUGAGAUCUCACCCCAAGCAUUUGAUGGCCUGGAGUCUUUUGCUCAAACAAUUGAAUCAGUGUUGUCACGAUUGAAGGUGAACAUUGAAGACGUUGUUAUUCGCUUCGAGCAUUUGUUUUCACACAAGAGAUCUGGAAUUGGUCUUGAACUUCAUAUAAAGAGGAUCCAAUAUUCAGACUUAUCAAGUGAUUUCACUUCGGACGACCAAGAAAAUUUUGAUGUAUAUAAUCCACCGUCCAUUGCGAACAAAAAUCUUCGCAUUUAUGGUCUCAAGUUAAGCUUGGAUGAGUUUCACGAGGAUUCCCGAACCGUUCUUCGAAACACGCCGCUCAGACCCGAGCCCGUAUCGUCGCCUGAAAGCGUUACGUCAUCAUCGCCAGUGUCGCCAUAUCAGAGUGCUAUAUUUAACCAAAGCCUGUGGAUGAAACACCUGAGCCCGAAAGAUCUUUUACCUGCUGUGGUGGUGCUAUCUAGUGCUGGCGAACAGGAAGUCAAUAUCAAGUGGAAGCUGAACGUAUCUUGUCCUGGACCAAAGGUCGAAUGUCAAUAUUUUCUCGGUACUGUGAACAUUCUUCUUUUUCCAAAACAACUUCAAGUUUUGAAAGAAUUACUGGAAGACAUAUGUCGGCUUCAGAAUACGGACAACUUUGUUUCCUGCAAAGAUGGCGUCGUUAACAAACCUAUGAAACCAGAGGACUUUCGAAGGAUCGAAAAAGAACUUCAGGAGCAAAUGAAUGACUGUCACAAAAAUCAACUCAGUAAGGUCGAUCUUUGGCGUGCGGAUUUUGACAACGCUACCGGUUCUCAUGGUGAGUGUUCAGACUCUUUGACAAAUGAAGAAACCUUUUAUUCGUUGUCGGAUAACGAACAGCAUGUUGUGGAACCUGUUGGGAACUGUCUUUCCCCGUCACUACGUCCUCAAAGUUUAGUCCAGAAGGUCUCUGAUGCUGGGAUUUUUCCGUUGAUAAAUCAUAACUGUACAUCUGGUGUUUCUAACAAUGCAUCAAAGUUACCUAUUUUGAAUCGUGGUCUUGCUGUAGUCUCCACCCUUGAUGACGACCAUCUCUCAAAAGGACAGUUGAAGUUUAGUGGUUUAUCAGUGACGUUACUACUGCGAAAUCCGCCUUUGCACAGUGAUAUUUCCAGCGACAGUGGUGCUUCUAAAAACAACACAUUAUGCUUGAUUGCCGACCGAUUCUUUGAGAAGUUGUCGGACACAACGUUUGGAGGAAAAGAUGUGGAUGCGAUGCAAGAGAUUCUCAACAAUGCCUGCUCUCAAAGUCAUCUGAGAUUUCUUCUCACGACUGUCAGCAUAUCAUGUGAACAAUCAAAGUCAUCUGCUUCUCAAUGUGUCAACGUUGAUAUUACAGUUGGUAUGGCAAAAUUGAUGGAGUGUUUAGUGGAUGAUACAAAUUCUGAUAACGUCACGUCUGUAACGCAGGUAUUAAGUUUAAGUGGUGACGAAAACAUGGAAAACAUGAAUGGGAAUGGCGUUAGUUUUUUCAAACCGUGUUUAAAAGCAAAAUACGAAAAUGUAGGACGCAGCAUUUCACCAGCAUCUGUUCUAGGUCGUUAUAAUGUUGCUCCAAAGACUGCUAUCCAAAUUGAACUUGGACAUACAGAAAUUGAAAUCGAUGUCACCAUGAUAGAUCGCAUACAUGACGUGUUGCUUGCAUUUUCAAAUGAUACUGACCAGCCCAGACCGUCGUCUCAAUGUUUUCCCUCGGCCCCCAUGCACACCAAUGAAAAUGAAGAAGCCCUGUUUUCAAGAACAAUGAACGAUGGAUCUUCUUAUGAACAUAAAAUUGAUAUUUGCGUUCAGUGCUCAAAUAUUAAGGCAUUAUUAAGAUUUCCAAUUUUGGAUUUGCGACCCCCGGAUACUCGUCCUUGUCAACCGCUCUUUCAAAGGAGAUUGCAUGAGGAAAUUUGUAUGAUCCGAUGUUUCGAAAUGACGUUUGAAUCUUGCUUACAAUUUGGCGAAGCUACAGCGAAGUAUGAAUUCAGAUUCAAAGCAAUUGAUGGUUACAUGAAGAAGGGUAAGGAAGAGACUCGAUUUAUUCACGUGUCGCGAAAAAGCAGUGAUAACGAUGAUUCCAAUGACUUUAAUUUAGCAAGAGUUGUUGUAACAGUUCAGCAACAUUCGAAAUCCAUGCUUGAAGAGAAUGGUUCAUCAGAGAAUAGUUCAACCGACAGUCUUUCGGACUCAUGUUCAAUGUUCGAAAAGGAGACGUCGCCUUUCUCUUCGAAACCUCACAUGUACGAUAAUGAGGAGCUUGUCGUACCCGGAGAGCCUCAAGAAAUGAACGAUUUUCAGGAAAAAGCAUCUUCCACGUCACGACUUCAUGUUGAAUUGCAUUUCCCGGAAAUCGACUUCAACUUUCACGACGCUUCAUUCAUUGAACUCAUAUACAACAGGUUUGCUAAUGAUUUAUUACUAUGGGAACCAUCACGUGCACCAGUCGUGAAUAAGCCGGAGUACAAUCCUGCUCUUGCAAGUAACUUGUUCGAUGUUGAGAUUGCUGCCAGAUUAAAGAAUAAGGAAAAUUGCCAAAGUACAUUUCUGAUUUGCGGAUCUAAUGAUAAUCAAGAGUCCUUAUCAUCUGAAAAUAGCGAGGGAAGGGUUCUUGAAACAAUGGAAAAAAAGCCAGCAACGAGUACCUUUGCUUUGACUUUGAACACUUCAAAACUUCGAGUUGUUUUGUUUCCUUGCAGCAAGUUCGAGAACAAGGACAGUUACGGUAAACUUCUUCUUCUCUUCGAAAAUGCCUUGUUGGUCUACGUACUUGACUAUAAUGGUGAGCCUAAUCUUAGCUACAUUGGUGCCCAGUCUCAAAAGUGCUCCCUUCAUCAAGCAGUUUAUGUCGAAAAGACCGAAAAAAAUAUGACAGACGCGGUUUUUGAGCCCGGAGGUCUCAAUCGAAUUUUAUUCGCUUCCGAUGAAGGACUGAAAGUGGCAGGGAGUAAAACAAACCAGGAAAGCCCGCCACAUAUGUUGGCAGUCGCUGUUAAAAGUUCUUGGAACUCAAUAAAAAAAUCCAAAGACAAUAUCGUCGCAAUCUCUUUAUCUGGCAGUACGUUACAUCAUCGUAUGGUUCACGAGGGACAAUGGUGGAUACUUCAGAUGAUCGAGUAUUUUGGCGUGAAAGACGAAGAAGUUGUUGGAUUUGUACCACCGACAGUCGUCACAAUGUUGCACGUGCAUUUUUGGGAUUGUGCUUUGUAUUACAGACCACUGCACAUUCCAUAUCAGUUAUUAGUUUCAAUUGAAGGAUUUAGCAUAUCCAGUAACAUCUUAUUGGAUUCGAAAGUUUCUGUAUUGAGAUUUAUAAUAGACAAUGCCGUUUUAUUGAUUUCAAACAACAAAGAGGAAACAGUCGACAUCCUUAAAGACUAUGUUUCUGUUGCUGACGUUGAUUUGCUGGAAAUUUCCAUAGAAACAAAAAAUGACGAGGAUUUCCCAAAACGUACCAUCACUUUUUCAAACAACAUCGUCCAUCUUCGAACGUGUUCCGAUUCGUUGUCGGCUAUUGUCGAACUUUUGCGCUACAUCGUGAACUCUGGCGACUUUCCACAGAGUCCUUUGCUUGAAUCACGUCAAGGAAAUAACAGUGAACGGCUGAAUGACGUUUUUGAAGAAACUCCACUUACGCAACAUACAGAGAGAGAAAAUUUUAAAGAUUUGAUGUCGGAUGCAAUGGAUGAAAAUUUGGAGGAUGCAGAGGACAAGUUCAUGGAUAGUUCACCUUCAUUGGAAGUUAGUCAGUCAAAUGCACAAUCAAACACAGACGUAUUUCAUUUUUCUGGUGAAUCACAAACAAGCCAAAUAUUCGAUGAUGAAGCGGAUGGCAACGAUUGUUUGUCUGAUGACGAAUUCUGUAUCAUUGAGAGUACCGAUAUAGAAACUCAGGUUGUUUAUCAAGGACCGGAAGUGACGUCGUAUUGUGAUGACAUCAUAAUAAUCUCUGAUCAUUUUAAAACUCCUGUUGGUGGUUUGGACCAGUUGAAAGCUCCAGAUCAUUAUCCUACACCUCUAUAUGUUUAUACGGUCAAAGAGAUGUCUAUUGUCUGGCAGUUGUUUGGAGGGAGUGAUUUUCAGAAAAAACAAAGACAGACCACAAAUUGUCAUUCCUCGAGUUCCGAUCACUACCGAGCGUUUCACGAUGAUGAUUUAGUAGAAGAUGAUCCCGUUGUCAUUGGUGUGCAUGACAACAAGAAGAAAUAUUCCAGAACAAAGUUGAAUUGGAAGACAAAUGCUGGCGAGUGUCGUGACCUAAAUACGCUAGUGGAAAUUCAAGUUACUAAGGCUCGUUUUCAAUGUGAAGAGUAUCCAGAAGAGGCGAAACAGGCCUGGCGUCAUGUGUUACUCGUACAAGACUUGGAAAUUCGAGAUAGACUGUCGUCAUCACAGAUCAAUAAAUUUCUCUAUCAGUAUUCGACGGAAGCUAGACCAAAGCAGAGGCACUCAAAUAUGGUUUCUAUAAAAAUGGUUGGUCUAAAUCCAGAAGAUGCUAUUGGGCCUAAAGAAGGCUGUCUUCGAGUGUCUAUAAAACCUCUGCGUCUAAAUAUUGAUCAGAGCACAUUGCUUUUUAUUAUCAACUUUUGUAAAGAUCUUUGGACUGCUGAUGAUGCUACCAUACAGGACGAUGAGCAAGGCUCUGAAGCACCCAUGUCAGCCUGCGAUCACAACGUUCAGGGAUGUUCAAGCCAGGAUAUGCAAAUCUUCUUUCGGCUGGUCGAGUUCUCAUCAGAUGUUCCCAUACGGUUGGACUACCAAGGCAAACAUGAUAUGGACAUGGGUCAGCGAAGUCUUGCUGGCGUGUUAUUUGCAUUUGCUCAGUUAAAUUGUUCUGAGAUUACUCUAAGAAGAUUUUGCUAUCGUAGUGGUCUAAUGGGUUUUAAUCGUGUUAUGAAUUACGCUCUAAACGAGUGGGGAAACGACAUCAAGAAGAGACAAAUUCCUGGUAUCUUGGGUGGUGUUGGCCCCACCUAUUCUUUGGUACAGUUGGUCCAAGGUUUUAAAGAUCUUUUUUGGUUACCUGUUGAGCAAUAUCGCCGUGAUGGACGGAUUAUUCGUGGUAUACAACGAGGUGCAAGCUCUUUCACAACGUCUUCGGCAAUGGCAGUCAUUGAGUUCACUAAUAAACUCGUACAAGUUGUACACGGAGCUGCCGAGUUAGCCUACGAUGUGGUAAGUCCAGCUGAUGCUACAGUGGUCUCUGGAAGUCAUGGCAAGAUUGUCAAACAUCGUGGAAAUUCUGAGCCAGCGGAUCUACGUCAGGGAAUUUCUAACGCUUACAACGUUGUUACAGAGGGUUUUGGUAAGACUGCUACCAAUAUCGUUCACGUAGCUAAAGAAGAACACGAGUCGAAAGGUAUGACGGGAGCUGUCGGAGGAGUAUUACGUCACAUACCAUCGGCUGUUGUACAACCAAUUAUAUUAACGGCCGAGGCAGCGUCGAACGUCCUCGGUGGUGUACGUAAUCAGAUCUUACCUGAUGCUAGACGGGAAGCUGCUGAAAAAUGGCGCGUGGAUUCGUAAGUCUAUAUUUGUAAGUAUUGUAAUUUUAAAUUUUAAUGGUAACAUGCACAAGAAAAGUACUGGGAACCAGUGAACUUUGAGCGAAACGAAACGCCAUGUUUCAAGUGUUUAGAAACACCUGUUUUCUAAUGCAAUUUAUUCUCCUCUACAUAUUAACGUAAUCUUUUCUGCAAAGAUUCAAUUCUAGUGCAGUUUAUUAUUCAAGAGAAAUAUGAAUUUUCGUGAUGUCCUUUCUCUAGCAAUAAAAAAUACAAGGUUAUGGAGAAAUAUUUCGCACUAAAACUAUAUUAAAAACCGUCAAUUAUGUUCAUACGAUAAUCAUUAUUUGUACAUAUUUUAAAAUGUUAAUUUCGUUUCCAGUCUCCGACAUUAGUGCUCUGUUAAAGUUCACUGUGGCUCGGGUGAAAGAUUCGUGUUUCAAUGCAAAGCAAUUUGCGUUGUGUAAUACAUUACUGUAUGUAUUGUAUAUAUAGAGAUGUUAACUAUUCUGUUGACUACCUGCAAUAGGGUGGGACGGUGUAUUGCGGUACGAAUGAUUUAAAUUGUAAUAGCACAACUUAAAAACACUUUGCAUUUGUCGUGACAUGAAGGUAGUCUAGUUUAUCUUGUCAAUAUUUUAAUGAUAUAUAUCAUAUGAUGUAUGUUAAUAUUUUUUAAAUAUUCCACUCUGUCUUUUUAAGCAUUGCUGAAACCAACUGUACAUAAAAUUGACUUGACCUAACUAUUCUUAUUUGUCUGCUGGUUUUUCCAUCCAAUAGAUGUUUUCAUUGUCAUA